CACUUUACAAAUAUUAAUAUUUUUUAUUUUUUUUAUUUUAUUAGUGUAUAUAAAAGUGACACGUAGUGAGACAUGUUGGUCCUGUGUGUCAUCUCUGUCCUCAGUCUUCUCUCAGUGGGACUGGCAGCUCCUCUGUCCUGCGAGGAUCUACUGAGACCCCUGGAGAUGAACAGCACGGAUCAUGUUAGUACUAUGUCUGUCUGUCUAUUUCUGUCUGUCUAUCUGUCUAUCUGUCCGUUUGUAUCCGUUUAUCUAUCUGUUAGACAGUUGGUAUCUAACUACUGCUGUUAUCCAUCUAUGUUUGUAUCGGUCGGUAUAUACAGUAUGUCUGUGUCCUAUAUCUCUUGCAGAUUUGGGGUAAGUGGAUUUCUAUCGCAGAGAGCAGUGAGUUCCCUGGUGGCAGAGAGUAUGCUGCAAAAGAAUGGACCACAGGCUGGAUUCAGGUCUCUCCUGGACUCCAGAACAACACUGUUAAAGAAUUACAGAUGACAAACAUGUAAGACAAUUCUUGACCUUCAAUGCGCUUCAUGCUUAUUGUAUGUUCACUGUAUGCAUACCGUACCGGAAAUGUAAAUGUUAAAAACGUGUUGGAAAUACAAUAAUUACACAACAGCAAACAGCAUUGUAACACAAAUUGUAAUUGUAACGUGCAAAAAUAAUAAUAAUACCCCGUCUUUGCUUUUACGAACACUUGAAAACCCAGCAGCACAAAACAUUGUACGUUUCUCAGAGCAUGGUGAGACCGUGGUUGUCCUAUUGUUAUUUUGCUGCAACCUUCCCACAACUUUCUGGGAAUGUUGCAGGAUAGUUGCUUUGUUUUGGAACAUUCUCAGCACAUUCACACAAUAAAACGUUUCUUAAUAUUUCAUUACCUUAACAGAAAACUUCCUGUAAGUUCACACAUAGUUAUUUUUAAUUUAAUAAUUGAUAAUAGUAUAGGAAUGCUCUCAAAUUGUUCAGAGAACUUCUUUAAAUACUCACAAUUAUGAUUAUUUUUGCAUUUUUAAUCAUGAUGACGAUAUAAUAUAAUAUAUAAUAUGCCAUUUAGCAGACGCUUUUAUCCAAAGCGACUUACAGUCAUAUGUGGCCGGUGACACUUUGCUUCUUGAAUAGCUUGAAUAUCCAAGAUCUUGAAAACUUGACUGCUGACAUGCAAAACAAUGUGGGACAGUAUCAGCAGUGAAAAAAAUAAAAUUAAAAAAUAAGAUUUUACAUUUAAAAAAGGUCCAGUGCAGCCGUUUUUAUCUCAAUAUAAAAUAAUUUCUGGGUAACAAUGAAGUACCUUACUGAAAUUGUUAAUAAAAAAAAUUAAAAAAUAGCUUCUUAGCAAAGAGCAAUUUCUAAAGCAAGUAUUUCGCUAUGACUCAAAACUAGCUGUUAUUGGCAGAGAGGUUCGGAACUCUUGGAACUCUUUUUUAUUAGUCUAUUUAAUUUACCGCCUGGUGAUGUCACCAGGAACUCAAUCCCACCAAAACAGGCUGAAAUUACAGGUAGUCUUUUCAAACAGCUCUUACACUAAAAGGGAAUUAUCAUAAUUUUCACAAUUUCACAGUAUUAUUCCAACCUCAGUGUGGAAAUACACGGGCCCCGUGUAGCUCAGUUGGUAGAGCAUGGCGCUUGCAACGCCAGGGUUGUGGGUUUGAUUCCCACAGGGGGCCAGUAUGAGAAAACAAAUAUGUAUGCAUGAUUUGGAUAAGAGCAUCUGCUAAAUGACUAAAAUGAAAUAUACUGAAUAUAAAACAUAGGAAAUUCAAGUUUCUUUACUGUAAUGGCCUUUAAGUAAAUCAGGUGAUAAAUGAGGUGAAAGGGAGACUGGAGUGAGACUUUAAGGGGAAUUUCAUUGCUUCAACAUAAAGUUUCCUGGAGGUCCCCACAUGGUUCUAUUUAAAAACAAUUUAAACUAACCAGCAAACCGUGAACAUUCCUGUGAACAUUCCCAGGACAUUAAUUAACAUUUCAAUUAAGUUCUAGUUAGGAUUUGUGCUAACAUUAGGAUGAUAACGUCAAACAAACAUUAAAAUAAUGUUUUUGAUCAACAAAUAUUUUUUUCUAAGAAAAUGUUUGAAAUGAAAUAUCCUUGGAAUGUUCUCCUAACAUUUACUAAAAUGUUGUUCACAACCUCUGUAAAAACUACCACAGAACAUCCCCCUAAGGUUUUCAUUAGGUUGCCAGGGAAUGUAAUAACACAAUGUUCCCGUAGUGUUUUUAGAAUAUGCUGCUGCAACAAAAUGUGGCUACCCGCCGCCCUCUCAAUGGUCUCAAAGUUAUAGUGUGAUGCUGUGACAUGAUAAUUCCAAUAACAUUCCCUGAACAUACUUAAGCAAUAAAAAAAAGAGUUCUGAAAACAUUAUUAUUUGAAGUUGCCAAACUUUUAAACAAAUGCCAUUUCAAUCAUCUUACAUCAUUAUAUUUGAUUAGGGUAUUGUCCAAACAUAGUUAUAGAUUUUGUAGCCCUUUCCUGCAGUCAAAUGACCAAAUCACCCUCUAGUGGCCUGAUGGGUGGAACUUAUUAAUUGUCUAAUUGACUAUGGCUGUAGCACUCACAUCUGUAGCCAUGAAAUGCUUUGAAAGGCUGGUCAUGGCUCACAUCAACACCAUCAUUCAAAUAACCUCUCACUCAACGUCAACAAAACAAAGGAGAUGAUCGUGGACUUCAGGAUACAGCAGAGGGUGCACCCCCCUAUCCACAUCGACGGGACCCGCAGUGGAGAAGGUGGAAAGCUUCAAGGUCCUUGGCGUACACAUCACUGACCAACUGAAAUGGUCCACCCACGCAGACAGUGAGGUGAAGAAGGCGCAACUGAGCCUCUUCAACCUCAGGAGGCUGAAUACAUUUGGCACCUAAAACCCUCACAAACUUUUACAGAUGUACAAUUGAGAGCAUCCUGUCGGGCUGUAUCACCGCCUGGUACGGCAACUGCACCGCCCGCAACCGCAGGGCUCUCCAGAGGGUGGUGCGGUCUGCCGAACGCAUUACCGGGGGCAAACUAUAAUAUUCUACUGUAUCUUAGUCCAUUCCGCUCUGUCAUUGCUCCUCCAUAUAUGUAUAUAUUCUUAAUUCCAUUCCUUACUUAGAUUUGUGUGUAUUGGGUAUAUGUUGUGAAAUUGUUAGAUAUUACUUGUUAGAUAUUACUGCACUGUCGGAGUUAGAAGCACAAGCAUUUCGCUACACCCGCAAUAACAUCUGCUAAACACGUGUAUGUGACAAAUAAAAUGUGAUUUGAUUUGAUUUGACGAAGAAGGCAUGACAAUGCCUCUUCCCCUUCAAGAGGCUGAAAAGGUUUGGCAUGGAGACUCAAAUCCUCAAACAGUUCCACAGCUGUACCAUUGAGAGAAUCUUGACUGGCUGCAUCAUUGGUUGGUAUGGCAACAGCACCGCCCGCGAUCGCAUGGCGCUACAGAAGGUGGCGCGGACAGCCCAGCACAUCACUGGGGCCGAGCUUCCUGCCAUCCAGGACCUCUAUAUCAGGCGGUGUGAAAGGAAGGCCCGGAAAAUUGUUAAAAGACUCCAGCCACCCAAGCCUAAGACUGUUCUCUCUGCUUCCACACGGCAAGCGGUACCGGAGCAUGAAGUCUGACACCAACAGGCUCCUGAACAGCUUCUAUUCCCAAGUCAUAAGACUGCUAAAUAGUUAAUAAAUCAGCAAAUACAUCUGUUCCAAAGUAUUCCCACGCAUAAUAGAGAUACAGUGGGGGAAAAAAGUAAUUAGUCAGCCACCAAUUGUGCAAGUUCUCCCACUUAAAAAGAUGAGAGAGGCCUGUAAUUUUCAUCAUAGGUACACGUCAACUAUGACAGACAAAAUGAGAUUUUUUUUUCCAGAAAAUCACAUUGUAGGAUUUUUUAUGAAUCUAUUUGCAAAUUAUGGUGGAAAAUAAGUCUUUGGUCAAUAACAAAAGUUUCUCAAUACUUUGUUAUAUACCCUUUGUUGGCAAUGACAUAGGUCAAACGUUUUCUGUAAGUCUUCACAAGGUUUUCACACACUGUUGCUGGUAUUUUGGCCCAUUCCUCCCUCUUGAGCAGUGACGUUUUGGGGCUGUCACUGGGCAACACAGACUUUCAACUCCCUCCAAUUAUUUUCUAUGGGGUUGAGAUCUGGAGACUGGCUAGGCCACUCCAGGACCUUGAAAUGCUUCUUACGAAGCCACUCCUUCGUUGCCCUGGCGAUGUGUUUGGGAUCAUUGUCAUGCUGAAAGACCCAGCCACGUUUCAUCUUCAAUGCCCUUGCUGAUGGAAGGAGGUUUUCACUCAAAAUCUCACGAUACAUGGCCCCAUUCAUUCUUUCCUUUACACGGAUCAGUCGUCCUGGUCCCUUUGCAGAAAAACAGCCCCAAAGCAUGAUGUUUCCACCCCCAUGCUUCACAGUAGGUAUGGUGUUCUUUGGAUGCAACUCAGCAUUCUUUGUCCUCCAAACACGACGAGUUGAGUUUUUACCAAAAAGUUAUAUUUUGGUUUCAUCUGACCAUAUGACAUUCUCCCAAUCCUCUUCUGGAUCAUCCAAAUGCACUCUAGCAAACUUCAGACGGGCCUGGACAUGUACUGGCUUAAGCAGGGGGACAUAUCUGGCACUGCAGGAUUUGAGUCCCUGGCGGCGUAGUGUGUUACUGAUGGUAGGCUUUGUUACUUUGGUCCCAGCUCUCUGCAGGUCAUUCACUAGGUCCCCUGUGUGGUUCUGGGAUUUUUGCUCUCCGUUCUUGUGAUCAUUUUGACCCCACGGGGUGAGAUCUUGCGUGGAGCCCCAGAUCGAGGGAGAUUAUCAGUGGUCUUGUAUGUCUUCCAUUUCCUAAUAAUUGCUCCCACAGUUGAUUUCUUCAAACCAAACUGCUUACCUAUUGCAGAUUCAGUCUUCCCAGCCUGGUGCAGGUCUACAAUUUUGUUUCUGGUGUCCUUUGACAGCCCUUUGGUCUUGGCCAUAGUGGAGUUUGGAGUGUGACUGUUUGAGGUUGUGGACAGGUGUCUUUUAUACUGAUAACAAGUUCAAACAGGUGCCAUUAAUACAGGUAACGAGUGGAGGACAGAGGAGCCUCUUAAAGAAGAAGUUACAGGUCUGUGAGAGCCAGAAAUCUUCCUUGUUUGUAGGUGACCAAAUACUUAUUUUACACCAUAAUUUGCAAAUAAAUUCAUAAAAAAUGCUACAAUGUGAUUUUCUGUAUUUUUUUCUUCUCAAUUUGUCUGUCAUAGUUGACGUGUACCUAUGAUGAAAAGUACAGGCCUCUCUCAUCUUUUUAAGUGGGAGAACUUGCACAAUUGGUGGCUGACUAAAUACUUUUUUUCCCCACUGUAUGUGUGAUCGUAUACAAACGUAAGCAAGGUUUGAAAUUAUUGUUUUAAUGAAAUAUUAUAUCUGUUUGGGCUUCUUACGGUUAAUUUGCGGUUUACAAAUGAUUUGUAAUUAUGUUCUGGUCCCCUGACCAACCGCUCAAGAAAAAAAGAUGUGCCAUGACCAGGCUUCCAAAGCACUUCAUGAUUACAGAUGUGAGUGCUACAGGUCAGAUUUGAGUGCUACAGGUCAGAUGUGAGUGCUAAUGUACCCGCAUUGUUCUCACAGCAUAAUGAAAUGUUUUGGACACUUUAAAAUGACAUAACAAAUGUUCUGUUAACAUUCUUGCAACAUCAGAGGAAUGUUUUUUCCACAUUAAUACCAACAUUGUAUAAUCAUCAACACAACUGGACAGAUUGUGUUAUUAUAACUUUUAGGGGGAAUGUUCUUACACCUUUCCCACAGCUUAAUGAAAUGUUCUGGGAACAUACACAGAACCAGUUUUGGUUUGUUGGGUAUAUUCUGGGAACGUUCUCAAAUUGUGUGACAUUAGGAAUGUUCUCAGAACAAAGACAACUUAGAGAAAUGUGUUUUGAGUGUAAUGUGAUGUAUAAUUUAAUUUGUAAUUGAAUGUUGUAGUAUAUUUAUCUCAGUUCAUUACUCAACAGUGGAGGCAAAUGCAUUAGCAUGACCAGUGUGAUGACCAUGGAAAACAACACAUUUACGUCAAGUGAGUAAAGCUAUAACAAUACUACUACUACUACUACUACUACUACUACUACUACUACUACUACUACUACUACUACUACUACUACUACUACUACUACUACUACUACUACUACUACUAAUAAUAAUAAUAAUAAUAAUAAUAACAAUAAUAAUAAUAAUGACUUUGCACUAAAGGAUAGUGAACCAAUGUGGUAUGUCAUGUUAAAAAAAGUGUGUGUUUGUGUGCCACAGCGUUGCCUUUGUCCUUUUCCCUGACCUACCUGAGUACCUGCCCUGACUGCCUCCUUGCCCACCAAAAGAUGUCAUUGCUUGGCAACUACAGCACUCUGUAUCUCUACAGUAAGAACAUUAGAAAAUACACUGAGAGCCCUGUCUAUCAUGCUAAACUCAGUACUAUGGUCUUGUUUAAAAACGUAUUACUACUUAACUAAUUGGACAUGAUAUACAGUAUGUGAAAAUAUGUAUAUGAAAAUAUGUUUAUUUUGGGGCCCUCUGGCUCAUAAUAUAUUUUCUAUUCCCUAUGAUGAACAGGUAAGAGAAAGGAGAUCACCUCUGCUGAACUGAAAGUGUUUAAGAAACAGGUGGACUGUCUCAAUUUGCCACCAGCUGUGUUCACAAACCCACAGAAAGGUAAGCAUCUUACCUUACCUAGAGUUUUCACCAGAAACUAUUUUCAGCGACCAAGCUACCAUUUUAGAAUGGAAGCAAGGUGAGCAGACUGAGUGAUUCAACCAAAGUUUGCAAAGUUAUCAGCGAAGCGCCGACUGCAUGAUAAGCUAGCGAACUAGAUUUGACAUUGUGCUUUGACACUGUGCUGGAUAGGCCAACAACAACGAGCUGUUCUGCAUGCUGUUCGGAAGAUACAUCCACAAGGGUAGAAUACCUUAAUGCAAAGUAGCUUCUGGGGAAAACUAAAUGUUGUAUCCUUGUGAUAAUGUAAAUGUUUAUUUAAUCACGGACUGUCAUAAUUUGCCGCAUGGAUGCCUGUCCAGAUCCGACACAGGACAACAGCAAAACCCUGGACCUGUCGAAAGUGAUUGAAAUGCUGGGUGACAAGUUUGAUCUUCAGAAGUCUUUGGAAGAGAUGAUAAGUAAAUUACAACUAGAGGGUAAUAAAGCAGAUUAA